AAGAAGUGUGUUUUCUACAGUACACAAGUAGGCAGCCACAUCAUCCAUUCACAACAUGUUAUAAUUAAUGUGUUUUAAAUCGAUCAAAUCCCCAUUUCCAAAAAAGCUUUUUGAAUUUAAAGAGGUUUUCUGAUACUCGACAAAAGAAUCAAAACCGUUGAAAAUAAGGCAAAAUGUCGAAUAAACAAGAAGCAUCCUCAAUUGCUUCAUCGCCGCCGUGGGCGGAACUUCCACAGGAAAUCACGGCGAACAUUCUGCAGAGACUGGGAACAAUAGAGUUACUUGAGAGUGCACAGAGAGUUUGUACCGCCUGGUGGAAGGUAUGCCAUGAUCCCACUGUGUGGAGUGUUGUUGACUUGAAAUAUAUCCCUUUUACAUCCAAAGAGGCUCCAGUGUUGGAGGAGAUAUGUCGGACCGCGGUGGAUCGUAGCCAGGGACAGUUACUCCAAAUUAGCAUUCAGUAUUUCGGUGACAAACACUUGCUAAAUUACAUUGCUCACAGAUCAAGUCAGCUCAGGCAUCUUCGACUUGUUAAGUGCUAUAAUCGCUUAUCUGGGGCUUUGGCUGUAGCUGCCAAGAAUUUCCCAUUGUUGGAGGAGUUGCACAUUUACUUCACUUACAUUGCUAAAGAUGAUUUAGAAAUUGUUGGUCGCUCUUGCCCUCUGCUCAAGUCAUUUAUAUUGCAUGCCGGUCCAUUUGAUAAACUGAGAUUUCCACCAUCAGAAGACAAUCAUAAAGCUCUAGCUAUUGCCAGCAGUAUGCCUGAAUUGCGGCACCUUGCCCUUAUUGAUCAUAACUUGACAAAUGAAGGACUGCAAGCCAUUCUGGAUGGCUGUCCACACCUUGAAUCGCUUGACUUGCGUGGCUGCUCUUGUAUCGAUCUUGAAGGGGAUUUGGGAAGAAGAUGUAGGCAACAGAUUGUAGAUCUAAAGCACUCUCGUGAUUCCCCUUGCGAUUGUGAAUUUGAUUAUAAAAUUUCUUAUUAGCUGUCUUCUGAGGAUUACUGUCGAUCUGCAUUCUCCAAUGUUAAUAAUGACUGCAAUUACUUCGAUAUCAGUGACAUCAUGAGUAUGAUUUUUGACUA